AUGAGCCGACUGAAGUCACACGGCGCAUGGACGCUGCACGCGGGAUAUGAGAGCAGCUGUGUUCCAGGUGCAUAUCUGCCCUCUUCUCCCCCCUCCACUCUCGCCGUCACCUCCACGACCGUAUACGUACCCAGUCCACCGUACGGGUCACCGGUUGCUAUGAGUGGCUCAUAUUCCCGUCGACUGUUAUUUAAUAUAUGCGCCUUAUUGGCAUAUGCUGGCUCUGCGCGUGCGAGUGUUGACUCAAAGGCAAGAAUCACACUUGCGUGCCUCCUCGGUGGCGUCCCAGCGGCAUCCAUCCUCUUGAUCCUCGUCUUCUGCAUCUGGAUAAGAAGACGCAAAGACGCGAUCCGCAGGAAAGCGAUAGCAAAUGGAAUUGAGCUCGAUGACGAAGGUUGGCCAGUUCACCCACAACAGCGUCGCAUCAACCCCGCCAAUACGGCCGCUGCGAGUACCGACGCCUUCCCUGUACGUGGAAGCGACGCUGCCUCAGCCGCGACUGCUGUAAACAGUGGACGAAGAUACAGCACAGGAGGAACGCAAAAUGGCAAAGACGGAUUCGUCGUGCGCUCGUAUGGCAAUCCGAAUGCCGAGCAGACAUUGGUCCCGUCAGUCGGCGCAGAUCAAAAUGCGUCAGCAUUGCGGCCUUCUACAGCCCCUGGAGCAUACCAGUGA